GAGAAAGAAAAUGUCUGGUGAUUGUUCAUCAUCAAAAAGAACUUCACUUUCCUCAUUUCAACAGCCCUUAAAUAGUUGUACUAAUGCAUCUUCUGAUGUUGAACAAUUUAGAAUUAAUGAGACAAUUCGUAUUCGUGAAAGCUUGGCAGAUUUAAAUUCUAAAGAUCUCAGAAAUUAUUUUAAAGGAGUGAGGAAAUUGUGUGAUGACUUGGAAGCUAAAAAGGAAGAUUUGGAGGUUUUAUUUAAAUUUAUUGGAAAUAAUUUUCUAUUGAAAAAUAAUGUACCGUUGUUGCGGAUGGCCUUUUUUGCGAAUUUUUUUUAUUUAUCGAACUGA